AUGUUAGAAUAUUAGAACUUUGAAAAUGAGUAAUAAGAAUUAUUAGAAUGUUAUACAAAUAAAAAGGGUAUUACAACAUAUAUAUUUACUUGGUUAAAUCAAUUUAUUUAAAUACAUUAAAGAAAUCUCGAAUAGAAAGACGUUUUCAAUAUUAAUAUUUAAGAAAGCAUUGAAUAUUAGAGCUUAAAUUUUGAAUUAAAUAAGAAUAGCUUAAUUUAUUCUUUAUUAAAAAGUUAUCCUACAUAAUGGAUAUGCAUUAUUUUACUAAAGGUAGGAAUAAUGGGAAUUCAAUUAUUAAAUCCUUUUUUGAUAAAUAAUAUAGUAGAAUUAUUUGAUUCACCAGGAUUAGAUUUUUGGUAAUUUAUGAAGACGAUAUCACUAUUUAGUGGAUGGAUAACAGCUAUUUAUGUAUAGAUUUCAAUUUUAAGUUUUUAUCAAGUAAGUUUUGAUUAUUAUGUUAUAGAAAUAAGUUUAAAUAAAAGUUUAGGCAGCUUUAUCUUCAUUACUAUAUCAUAAAUUAUUUAGUGCUUGUUUACCAUUACCUUCAUAAGCAGAGAUUAUAAAUUUGUUUUAAAUAGAUAUUCCACAAAUAACAAUAUUGUUUGAUUGUGGAGUAUCAUUAUUUUUAACACCUUUUUAAAUCUGUGGAGCAAUUUACAUAUAUUUUGAAACUGUUGGUUUGGCAGCAUCUUUUGGUUUGAUUGGAAUGUUUAUCCAAGUGGGAAUUUCUUUGAUUUAUGGAAGCAUCUAUUCUAGGUUGUUUACAAAAAUAUAGUAGAUUGUAAAAUAGUAUUAUGACCUCCAGAGACAACAGAAUUUCAAAUAUGGAUGAAUUGUUAAAAGGCAUUUUGACAAUUAAAUAAAAUUGUUAUUAUAAAUUCUUUUUUAAUCGAGUAUUAAUUAUAAUUAUAAUAGAUUAAAGAUAAGAGAUAUAUUGAAAUGUCAAAUAUAGCUACAUAAUAGAAAUUAUCUUUUAUUGUAAAAGCCUUAUUUUCAAUUAUUCCAGCUGGAGUUAUGUAUUUUACAAUGAAGAUUUUUGAUAUAUUUAAUCUAAAAUCAGUUUUAAUGGUAACAUAAAAUUAUGCUCAAUUAAUUUAAUCUGUUAAUUCUAUACCAAAUAAUUUAGGUUAAAUAUUAAUGGCUCAAACAUCAAUAAAAAGAUAUAUGGAUUUUAUUUCAUCUUAAGAUGUUGAAUAAUAUUUGUUACCAGCUUAAUCAAUUUAAAUUUUAAUAAAAGAAGGUAAUUUUAGAUGGAGAAAUUCUAAAAAUCCAUUUUAAUUAAAAAAUAUCAAUCUUUAAAUAGAAAAGGGAGAAUUUAUAGUAAUAGUUGGAAAAAAUGGGUCUGGAAAGAGUUCUUUAUUAUAUUGUUUACUUGGAGAAUUAGAAAAGAUUAAUGAAAAUUCAUAUAUUAAUUUAGAAGGUAGUAUUUCAGUAGCAUCAUAAGAACCAUUUUUAAUUUAAGGAACAAUAAAAUAGAAUAUAAUUGAUUAAUAAAAUUUGGAGAUAGAUCGAUAUCUUGAAAUAAUAAAAUCAACUUAAUUAUUAGAAGAUAUUAUUAGAAUGGAAAGUGGAUAGAAUAGUGAAGUUGGAGAAGAUGGAUAAUCAUUAAGUGGAGGAUAAAGAAAAAGAAUUCAUUUAGCAAGAACACUUUAUAAAGAUAGUGAUAUUUAUUUAUUAGAUUGUCCAUUUGAAUCAUUAGAUCAUAAAACUGCUAAGAAAUUAAUGGAUGAAUUGUACUAAAUAAAUAAAAAAGAUAAUAAAACUAUUAUUUUAACAUGCAAUGAUAUUAAUUAAAUAAAAAUAUGUGAUAGAAUAAUUCAUUUAGAUGAUGGAUAAAUCAUAUAUUAUGGUAGUUUAGAUUAAUUUAAAGGGAAAUGUGAAUCAAAUGAUUUAGACUCUUUAGAUUUAAUAGAAAAUUAAUAAGUAUAAUAGGAUGAAACAAUAAAAGAAUCAAAUUAACAUUUAUAUAACCUUAUUGAUAAAUAAUAAAUUAUUGUGAUAGAGAAUGAAGAAAGAACUUUAGGCAGUUUAUAAUUAGAAAUCUUUAAAUAUCUUUAUUAAUUAUUUGGCAAAUAUUAAACUUUUGUUGUAAUAAUGAUUUUUUGUGUAUUAGGAAUGAUAUGCUCAACAUUUUAUUAAUUGAAAUUAAAAUCUAUUACUGAGAUUUCUAAUUCAAAUUAAUCUACUUUAAAUUAAAAAGCAGAAGCGCUUGAAUAGUUUUUGUUUGUUUAUCCAUUUUUUAAUAUAUUAAUGGCCUUAUUUACUUUAUUUAGUGGAAUAUUUUUAACAUAAAAAGGAAUAACAGCUUCAAUGAUUCUUCAUAAUAAUAUUAUUAAUAAUUUACUUAAAGCAUCAGUCACUGAAUUUUAUAAUGUGACAUUAGGAAGUAUUAUAAAAAAUAGAAUGACAAAUGAUCUAUUUUAAUUUGGUAUGAUUAAAUUAUAUUUUAUUAGAUAUGAAUACUCCAUCAUUAAUUUCAUAAUUAUUUGAUAAUAUUUUCAGUUUUAUUGCAUUAAUGUUGGGAUGCUUAUUUUUAUCAAGUGCAUUAUCAUUUCCAAUAUUAAUUUGUUAUUUAAUUCUCUAAACAUAAUAUUUAUUAAGAUAUAUAAGAAUAAAUUUAGAAAUAGCUAGAUUAUAAGCAAUAUCAAAAUCACCAUUAUUAAAUACUUUAACUUAAACUCAUUAAGGCAUUUUAUUUAAUAGACAUUGUAAAGAAGCAUAAAAAUAAGUUUCUAUUUUCUUUGAAUAAUUCAAUAUCUAUACAUAAAAUUCAAUUUGCUCUGCUGCAUUAUCCUCUUGGUUUAUCUAAAUUACUUGUCUUCUAAUGUUAAUUAUGUAUGUGUUCAUUCUUAUUGUAAAUGUAUUUAUUAUACUAUUUUAUUAUUAUAGUACAUUUACAAAAUCAAUAAUAAAGAAUCUGCAACUAUUUCUAUGUAUUUAGCUGUAAGUCUUGGAGAAAAAUUUACUAGUUUGACUUUAACUUUUCAAUCUUUUUAUUCAAAUAAUGUUUAUUUAGAAAGAUGUUUAUCAUUAAUAAAUAAUAUUGCUAAAGAAGAUUUAUCUAAUUAAUAAUAUAGUGAUUUUGAAAAUCCUAUAGAUAGAAGAAAUAGUGAUUUUCACUUUAGCGAUCAUGAUGAUAGCAGUAGUUAAAUUGAAAUGAUGACCAUUAAAUCAGUAGAAAGUAUUUAAGAAUUAUAACAAUAAUUUGUUCUUGAAUUAAAUAAUGUUUCUUUACAAUACAAAAAUAGUACAGUAUUGACUGAUAUCUCAUUUAAAUUAAAAUAAAGAUAAAAGGUAUAUCCUAUAUUCUCAAUUCAAAGAUUGCAAUCCUUGGUAGAACUGGAGCUGGAAAGACUAGUCUUAUGCAUUGUAUUACAAGAUUAGUCGAACCUUGUUAAGGAUCAUUAAAAGUACUUGGAUAGGAUAAUAGGAAUACAAGUAUAAAUAGAAUUAGAUCAUUAUUUUCUGUUGUUUCUUAAGAUCCAUUUGUUUUUGAGGGUUCCAUCCAGUAAAAUAUUGACCCAAAUAAUUCUUAUAAUUCAAUUGAUAUCAUUAGAAUCUUAUCUAAAUAUGGAUUAUCUUAAAUUAAAUUAUUAGAAAAUUUAUAAUUUAGAGUUUAACCUCACGGAUCUAAUCUUUCAUUAGGAGAAAAAUAAUUACUUGUGUUAUGUCGGAUAUUAUUAUAAAAGAGAAAAAUAGUUAUUUUAGAUGAAUGUACUGGAAAUCUUGAUAAUCAAUAUUGUUAAUAGAUUAAUUUAACUCUUGAUUUAUUUAUGAAGGUAUUAUGAUUUCUUUAUUUAAAGGAUAAAACUGUUAUCGCUAUUACUCAUAAAUUAGAUUUAUUAGAUAUGUUUGAUUAACUUAUGAUUAUGGAUAAAGGUAAAAUAAUUGCAUGUGGUUUAAAAUAAGAGAUUUUAGAUCAGUAUUUAAAUUAAAAAGUUAAUUGAUAUUUUAUACAAUGUAUGUAAUUUGAAAUAAUAUUUUAUAAAUGUUUCCAAAUAUUAUAUAAUAAGAUCAUAGAAAUUCUGUAUUGGAUGACUAAUUAAUCCUUCAAAAUAAGAAUAUUCCACAUACACCUGAAUUAUUAAAUGGAAAGCAUUACAAGAGACAAUCUUAGAGAAUAGGUUUAUAAUCUUAAAUUUCAAGAAAUUAUAGAUCUAAACUGUCGACAGAAAUUCAAAGUUAAUAAAGAAAAACUAACAAUUCUAGUUAGAAGAAUAAACAGAAUAAUCUAUUUUAAGAAUAUUAAGAUAUAUUCCUUUCUGAAUACUCAGAGAGUGAUUCAUCUUAAGAUUUGUCAUAAAAGAUUAGUAGUGUUUAUUAGAAAAGAGUUUCCAUACAGAAUUAUGAUAAAGUGAUAGAUGAACAGAUGGAAUUUAUACACAAAACUUUGCAUUAAAAACUUUCUUAAAUCAGGUAUUGACCUGUAAUAUUUAGAAAAUAAAAAGCAACCCCUUUUUUAAAGAGUAGCUAAAAUAACUAAAUGAAAUAGACUAUAAAAAGUAGAAAAAGUAUUAAAUAAUUAUCUUAGUUAUCCAAAAAAAAUAGUUUUUAGAAUAUAUUACAUAAAUCAACAAAUUUUAAUAGAGAAAGAUCUAUAUAGAUAUCAAACAAUAAAAAUUAUAAUACUUAAGAGUAAAAAAGCUUAGAAAAAAUAUUAGAUUAAGUAGGAAUACCAGAAUAAGAAAAAUAUAAAUAUAAAUAAAUAAUUGAAGACCUUGAAAACUAAUGUUUAGAGAUUAAACCUACAGGAAGAAAUAAAAUUAAAUAGAAAGUUAGAAAAACAUUUAUUCAAUUAUUUUAUCAAUAUUAUUAAGAAGAUAAUUUAUUAAAAGGAGUAGAUGGAGAUUAAAUAAGUGUUUAUUCAGGUGCUUAAAAUGAAUCAAUUAUAUAUGGAAAUAAAGUAUAUGAACCAUAAAAUAUUCAAAAUAAUAAUAUGACAUAAAUAUUAGAUAAUGUAUUUUUAAAAAACUAAAAUAAUGGGUUGAUAAGUGAUAGAAUGAAAUUUUUAAUGGAUAAUUUUAAGUUAGAAUUAAGUAAUGAGGAUUCCAAUUUUAUUGUUUAAUCUGAUUAAUCAUCUAAAAUUGAAAUAGAUGAAGAUGAUAAUGAAGAAAAUGAAAAACAAAUAACAUAAAUAGUUCAAGAUCCAACAGGAUAACAAGAUCAUUUAAUUCUUAAAUAUGAACGAAAAUUAAAAAGAGAUCCUAUAUAUGACCCAUACCCACUUAUAUGGUAAAGUAAAUCAGAUUAUUUAUGGAUAUUACAAGAUUAUUAAUACUAUUGGGAUAAUUAUCCUCUUGUUUCCCUUAGAAAAAUCAUUGUAUUUAUUAUUAGAUUAAUUACAAAUACUGCCAAUAAAAUAAUUAACCAUAGGAUAUUUACUAUUAUGGUCUUAAUAUCCAUAAUAUUUAAUAUUGUUGUAUUUAUUCAAAGUUAAAGUGACAAUUUAACAAUUGAUAUUCAAAUUAAGCUACAAAAAUAAUAAAAAAGUAAAUCUUAUUAUUUAUUAUUUAGUUAUUUUAUUCUUCUUUAUUUUAGAAAACAUUUUAAAAUUAAUUGGUUAAGGAAUUAUUGAUUUCUUUUGGGAUUUAUAGAAUGUUUUUGAUAUUAUAAUUCUUAUUCUAUUUUCCUUCCAUUAUUACUACCCUACUUUAAUCAUUAUUGAUUUUUCAACUGCAAGAUUACUUAAGAUUUUAUCUGUUAUUAGUGUAUUUAGUAAACGAUUACAAAUCAUGUUACUUGCUUUAAAACAUUCAUUAAAAUUUUUACUUGAAGCACUCAUUAUUGUAAUUAUAUUUUCAUAUUUCUUUGCUUUAUUUGGAAUGCAUUUAUUCUAAGGAUUGUUUCGCUAUAAAUGUUAUUAUGCUGAAUCUGGAAUCUAAACUAAUUAAAUAUGUGGUUAUAAUCUAUCAUGUUAAAAUUAAUCAAUGAUUUGUUCUAAAUCUUUAACUAAUCCAAAUGUACCUACUAAUUUUGAUGAUAUAUUUUACUCAUAUGUAGAAGUUGUUAGAUUAAUGAUUUUUAAUGAAUGGACUGAACCAAUCUAUUUAUCCAUGCAAACAUUUCAUGACUUUUCUAUUGUCUAUUUCAUUUUUCUUAUUUUUAUUAUUGCUAUUUUUGGGGCUAAUCUUAUCAUAGCAGUUCUUAAAAUUUAUUAUUCAUAAACUUUAAUUAAAUAUUAACACUAAGAUAUUUAAGAAUUAUCUGGAAUUAAUACAGAUAUUGUCUUAAAUUUCAGAAUUAUUAAAAAUUAUUUAAUUGAUUAUGAAUGGAAAAAUAAUCGAAAAAAAGAUUGGUUAAUAUAAACAUCUAAUUAAUAAGAACAUUAAACAGCUAUAGCAAAAACAAUUAUGUAAAACAAUAAUCAAAAAAAUAUUAAUUACAAAUAUAAAUACUUAUCUGCUAGACAAACCAAAGAAUAAGAAGAAAUUAAAAAUAGAAAAAGAGGUAUCAAAUAAAAUAUUAGUAAACUUGAAAAUUUUAUUGAUAAUUUUAAAUUUGAAAAACUUUUAUUAUUUGAAUAAAAUAAGGAAUAAUUCAUGUCAAAGAUUUAUUAAAAUUAUGCUUUUGAUAAAGAAUAUUUAAAAUUAUUCUAUAUUUAAACUUUCAAAAAAGUUCCUCUAUAUUCUUGGAGAACUGUUAUUAAAUAGUAUUUCUAAUAUAAUAGUACUUCUGAAUGUGAUAUUUUUUGUUUCUAAAUUAAAAAUGAAAAACUAUAAUAAAAAAGAGAAAGAGAGUUUGAAUUUAUUAAAAAAUCAGUGCUAAGUCAUUGCUUCAAAAUAAAAAAAUCAGAUUAUUCUUUUGUAAAACUAGAUUUAAAGCCCAAGAAUUCUUUUUAAUGUUUUCGUUUACCAAUUAAAUAAAAAAAAUUAUAAGUAUAAAAGAGUAAUAUUAAUGAGAAGGAAUAAAAAAUAGUAUAAAAUAACUAGAAUGAUUUGGAAGAUAACAAAAUUAUUACUAAUAAUUAAAUUAGCAAAAGAACAUUCAAAUCAGAUGAUAAUAUUUAUGAUAAAGAAUUUAUUUAGCAAAUGAUCAAUAGAUAAAUACCUGAAUGUUUGGAUAAAAUAUAAGACUUUGAAGAAUUAUAUGUAAAAUAUAGAUUGGAAGAGUGCAAAUAAAGAGUUGUUUAUAAAAACAAUUGGUCUGGAAAUAAUGUAUUAAUUACUAAAUAAAAAUAUUAAUAAACUCUCAAAAUAUUUAAUUAACUAAAUAAUAUUGAUAUUUAUAAAUGGAAAAUUCCAAAUUUAUCUUGCAUAUGGUGUUUAAUUUAGAAAAAUGUAAAUAUUUUGUUAAGAAAUCGAAAUGCUCAAAUAUUUUUUGAUUUAAUAGUUCUGACAAAUGUUUUAUUAUUAGGAAUGAUAGGAUAUGUGGAUAAGAAUAUAAUCAGAUAAUUAAAUGACUAUCUUGUUUUUAUUCUAAUAAGUGAAUAAUUUUUAAGAUUAAUAUUUUAGGGUAUCAAUAGAUAUUGUAAGAGAGCUAACAAUUUAAUAGAUAUAUUUAUUUUAACAUGUUCAUUGAUAUAAUCUUUAUAUUUAAGUUUAAAUUCUUAGAAUGAAAAUAUUUACCUUGAUUUAUUAAAUUCUAGUUAAACCCUUUUGAUAUAUAGAAUAAUUAAAUACAAUAAUUUUGCAUUGAAGAUAGCAAAGAUAACUAAAAAAUCCCUACCUUCUUUUUUAAAUCUAAUUUUAUUGAUGAUAACUUUAAUAUUUUGUUUUGCAUUUGUAGGAAUGAAUUUAUACAAAGGGAAAUUUCCAAUAGAUACAGAUUUUGGUUUAUAAUAGUCUUUUGAUGAUUUAACAGCUGCAUUUGUAACAGUUUUUGUUCGAGCUGCAAAUGAAGAUUGGUUCGGGAUGGUUAUUUUAGGAUCAUAAUAUAGUAAUAAAAUUGGAACAAUGUUUUUUAGUGUAAUAUCAGUUUAUGUUUUAAAUUUAAUGACAAUAGGAUUUAUAUUAGCAAUCGUUUUAGAUUCAUUUUCUUCUUAUGAAAAUGAUGAAGAAGAAUUAAUUGAUGAAUUUGCUGAUUCUUAGUUAUCCUUCUUAAAGAGUAAUGAAAAUAUAAAUGAUUUAACAUUAAAUAUUGAUAAACUAUCUUCUUCUCAGAGUGAUAAUAAUGAAAAGAACUCAAAUUAAAAUAAUUCUUAUUACUAAGAUAAAAAAUAAGAAAUUGAAAAAGUAUUUAUGAAGAGAAAUAAUAAUAAUUUUUUUGAUUUGGUUGCUAGAAUUAAUUUGCUUCUAGAAUAAUUGUUUGCAUAAUUUUAAUUCUUUACUAAUAAUGAGAGUCAGAACUCUUUAUUUAUUUUUAGCUAAUCAAACUAAUUUAGAAAAUUAUGUUAUCGGUGUAUCAAUUAUAAAUUAUACAUAAAAUUAAUUUAAAUAACAUUUCUUAUUGCACUUCUCAAUAUGUGUAUAUAUACUUAUUUUGAUUAUGAGAAUAAAAUACAUUAAGAUUUAAUUAAUAAAAUAUCAAAUAAAGUUGAAUUAAUAGUCAAUAUUUUAUUAUUAUUAGAUUCUACUUUAAAAAUAAUUUCAUUAGGUUUUAUGAGAGAUAAAGGUGCAUUCAUAAAUGAAUUUUGGAGAGUAAUUGAUUUUAUUUAUUAGUUAUGUUAUAUCUCGAAUUUCAUAGUUGAAUAUGAAGCAUUUUAAUAUUUAAAAGCUUUAAAAUACACUAGACCAUUUCGUUUUUUAUAUUUAUUUGAAUAACUCAAAUAUAUAAAUAGUGCAAUAUCAAAAUCACUUGUUGAUUUGAUGAAUAUUUUAUUUGUGUAAAUUAUGGUAUGGCUUAUAUUUGCAAUUUUUGGAGUAAUGCUAUAUAAAGACAAAAUGAGUUAUUGUUAACAUCCUUUAAACUUUGGAAUAAAUAAAUAGGAAUGUUUAGAAUAAGGUGAAUAAUGGAUUAAUAAUUUGUAUAAUUUUGAUGAUAUGGGAAAUGCAAUGUUAUCAUUAUAUAGAAUGACAGCAUGUGAUGAUUGGGUUUAUAUAAUGUAAAUUUGCUUAAACUCAAGAGGAGAAGAUUAAGGACCUAUUUUAUAUGAUAAUAGAUGGGUAACCAUAAUUUAUUUUAUGUUAUUUAUUUUAGUUGGAGUAUUAUUUUUUCUUGGAUUUUUUGCAGGAAUUCUAUUUAUUAAUUUCUAAACUUAUAAAAGUUAGUUAUAAAAAUAGAUUUUGACUAAUGAUCAAUAAUUAUUUGCCAAUAUUUCCAAAAUUAUAUAGAAGGAAGUACCUAAUUAUUCUGAUCCUCCUAAAUCAUUUAUCAGAAGACUAGCAUCUAAUAUCAUAAAAGAAAAUCUAUACGAGAGAAUGAUUUUAUUGAUAAUAUUUAUAAACACAGGUAUUUAAGAGAAAAUAUAUAUAGGAAUUUUAACUUUCUUUUAUGAUGAAGCUUAAUUAGAUUUGUUACAAAAUUUAGAAGAUAUAUAUCAUACAUUAAGUUGUUUAUUAAUAAUAGAUACAGGAUUAAAAAUAUUAGCAUUCGGAAUAAGAAGAUAUUGGGGAUAUAUUUGGAGAGAAAUAGAAUUUAUUUUAAGUUUUAUCGCUUUAAUUGAUUUAACUCUGUAUCUUACAAUUAAUUGGAGUAAGUAUUAUUUUAAAUCAACAAUAAAUGAUUAAUACUUUUUAAUUCUUAGAAUUGCAUUUGCAUGUAGAAAUUUGAGAACUUUAUUAAUUAUUUAAUAAUUUAAAGGAUUGACAAGAUUGUUGAGAAUAUUGAAUUUUUCAGCAUCUUUUCUUUUAUAAAUUUUAUGUUUUUUCUUUUCAAUUCUUUUAUUUUAUGGAUUAAUAGGAUGUGAAUAUUUUGGAAUGAUUGAAAAAGGUGCAUAUAUGACAGAUUAUAUGAAUUUUUCAAAUAUUGGUAAAGCUUUAUUGAUCUUGUUUAAGAUAUGCACAAAAAACAAUUGGAUUAGAAUAAUGAUAGAUGUUUCAGAACAUAAUUAAUAUUGUACAUCUGAGACGCAAAUAUUCUGUGGAGUUAAAUGGAUAUAUGCAAAUAUAUAUUUUUAUACAUUUGUUCUUAUAUCUAAUUUUGUUGCAUUUAAUUUAUUCAUUACAGCUUUAGUAGAUUAAUUUGAAAGUAAUUUAAAUUAAAAUAAAUAGAAUUUUUUAAUUCUCAGAAUAGUGUGUUGUAAACAUAUAUAGAAAAUAUUGAUCCAUUUAGAACUACUUGGUGUAAAUACUCAACUGAAACUAAAGGUGCAUAAAUGCAUUCUAAACAUCUUGCUCAUUUUUUGUUAGAAUUAGGUCCUCCUUUAGGAUCUGCUAUUCAUGAUAAUAUUUGGGAUGCCGCUAAAAAUGCUUCAAAUUUUAAAAUCAAAGCUGAUCUUAAUGGUUAUAUUCAUUUCUAAGAAGUUCUUUAUGAAACUAUUAGAUUUGCAUACAGAGAUUAAAUAUUUAGAAAUGGACAUCCAGAAGGAAUCAAAAUAAUUAAAUAAAUUGAUAAAGAUACUCGCUUUAGAUUGCAUUUUAAAAGACUUGUAAUUUAUUUUCAUUAUUUAGGAUAUCCUUGAUAGAAGAUAUCCAAUCUAUUAAAUGAUGCAUCUAAAAGGAAAUUUUAAUAUAUUAUAAGAAUAUCUAUUUUUAUUAAUGAUAUUUAGGACCUUUAGAGCUUACUCAGUUAAAACUAUAGGAAAAAUUAAAGAAGCUAUCUUAUCACCAGAUAUUACUAAUUAACUUAAAGAUACAGAUAGAGAAAGUUCAAAAAGUGAUAUUAAUGAGGAUACAUUGAAUAGAGACAUUUUAAUUGAAACCUAACAUUAAAUUUCAUAAAAUAGUGAAGAUGUAGAAACUUUUUAAAUCCAAAUCUCUAAAUAUUAUGAAUCACAUAAUAAACUUAAUAAGAAAUUACAAUUUAUGGAUUAAAGUAGUAAUAUAUAUUCUGAAAAUCAAUUACUUUUUAUUCCAGAUUCUAAUAAAGAUGAUCACAUUCAAUUUGUACCUACCAAACACAAAUCGUCUAUUAAGAAAAAAUAAGAAAAUAAUUUUGUUGAUUUUGAAGCUAUUGAAUAACAAUAAUUCCAUAAUCCCAUGUUUGAUUCAUCUCAAUUUAAUGAAAUAAGUAAAGGAGUCAUGACUGAUUCAUCCAUAAAUGAUGAAUAAAAAAUCUAUUAAAUUAAUUAACUUAUUCAAUCUCCUCAUAGAUUUAGUAUGCAUUCUAUGAGUGAAAGUGUAGGUACAGAAAAUCAUCAUUUCUUUUAUGGAAAAACAAAUAUGGAUAAAGCUAUUAAUUGAUAUAUUAUAAUUAUUAUAUUACUCAUACCC